AACAGUAUUAUGAGAAUGGAAACUGUCCAACUCUACAAGUGAUAUUCAAACGCAAAUUGCUGCAAAACAGAAGACAUGGCAACGACAGAAAAUGUCGAAGCGUCCUCUACGGAGGCUGAGACAGUCACAAUCGAGCUGAAGGAUGUGAACAUGACAGGCCAGGGGAAAGUUGCAAUGGCAGAUUUUGAAUUGUUAAAAGUUUUAGGAACAGGAGCUUAUGGGAAGGUGUUUUUGGUAAGAAAAAUAGGAGGUAAAGAUGAGAACAAGCUGUAUGCAAUGAAAGUUUUAAAGAAGGCAGCCAUAGUACAGAAAACAAAAACAACAGAACAUACUCGUACAGAAAGACAAGUGUUAGAGGCUAUCAGGGAAUCACCAUUUCUAGUCAAACUCCAUUACGCAUUCCAAACUGAGGCUAAGCUACACCUUAUACUAGAUUAUGUUAGUGGUGGUGAACUGUUUACACAUCUCAAUUCAAAUGAACAGUUUGAAGAGAAAGAUGUAAGAGUUUACAUAGGAGAAAUCACUUUGGCAUUGGAAACAUUGCACAAGCUUGGGAUUAUCUACAGAGAUAUUAAGCUUGAGAACAUACUACUAGACUCCACGGGUCACAUUGUACUCACAGAUUUUGGUCUCAGUAAAGAAUUUUUACCAACAGAUAAGUACCACAGAGCAUUUUCCUUUUGUGGCACUAUAGAAUACAUGGCUCCUGAGGUUGUUGAAGGCAGCAGUGGAGGACAUGAUUUUGCUGUUGAUUGGUGGUCUCUAGGAGUUUUGACCUAUGAACUUUUAACUGGUGCUUCACCUUUCACAGUAGAAGGAGAAAGAAAUACACAGUCUGAAGUAUCAAGGAGAAUUUUAAAAGCAAGUCCUCCUAUACCAAAGUCAUUUUCUCCUGAAGCCAAAGACUUUAUACUUAAACUUCUGACUAAAGAUCCACAUGAGAGACUUGGAUCUAGAGGAUCUGGAGAAGUUAAAAAGCACAAGUUCUUUAAGACUCUGAAUUGGAAUGAACUGGCCAGUGGAAAUGCACCAGCUCCUUUUGUUCCAAAAAUACAACAUGAAUUAGAUGUUAGGAACUUUGCCACAGAAUUUACUAACAUGAUACCUGCAGAUUCUCCAGCUAUUGUUCCUAAUAAUGCAGAAAGAAUAUUUAAGGGUUAUUCCUAUGUAGCACCUUCUAUCAUAUUUAGUGAUAACACAAUCAGUUCAGAUUUACUGUGCAAAGGGAAGGAAAAUCAGCCCAGUGAAGGACAUAUAGUAUAUGCCAACCAUUUUAAAAGUUCACCAUUUUUCCAGAAGUAUGAAAUUGAUUUGUCUGGUAAACCACUAGGAGAUGGUAGCUUUUCAGUUUGCAGGAAAUGCCUUCAGAAGGACACCAACACACAGUAUGCAGUAAAAAUAGUAACAAAACGUAUAGAUUGUACUAGAGAGGUCACAAUCCUUAAACACUGUCAAGGUCACCCUAAUAUAGUCACUAUAAUGGAUGUGUUCAGUGAUGAGUUACACACAUAUAUUGUUAUGGAGUUGUUGAAAGGAGGAGAGUUAUUAAACAGAUUAAGAAAGAAAAAGAAUUUUACUGAACCCGAGGCCAGUGAAAUAAUGUUUAAACUUGUUCAAGCUGUCAGUUUUAUGCAUUCUAAAGGAGUUGUACAUAGAGACCUUAAACCAGAGAAUUUGAUUUUUCAAGACGACACAGAUAAUGCAGAAAUAAAGAUAGUUGAUUUUGGUUUUGCACGAUUUUAUAAACCGGAGAUGCAGAAAUUGGAGACACCAUGUUUUACUCUGCCAUAUGCAGCACCAGAAGUUUUGAAAACGUGGACAACAAAAGAUGGUUAUACUCAGUCAUGUGACUUGUGGAGUCUGGGUGUUAUACUUUACACCAUGUUAUCAGGAACUGUGCCAUUUCAAACAUACAAAAGUGAUGACAGUGCUGAAUGCAUCAUGAAGAGAAUUAAAGGUGGACAGUUUGAUUUCUCUACACCAGAAUGGAAAGAUGUUUCAGAACAAGCUAAAGAUCUCAUUCAAGGAUUACUAACAGUGGAACCAUCAAAGAGAUUAACUAUGGAUGAUCUCAAAGACAAUGAAUGGCUAAAUAGGCAUAAUAGUUCAUGUUACUCAUGUACCCCUCUGAGGACACCAGGUGUACUAAAUCAUACAGUAGAGAGUCAACUCAGCGUAACUUUAGGUGCCUUUCACAAAGCUACUCGUGAAGGAUUCAGACUACAGGAUGUGGCAAAAGCCCCAUUGGUUUUAAAACGUCGUAAAAUGAUGAAAAAUUCAGUAGAAGAUCGUAGUUUCUCAUCAGACAGCACUCAUUCCUCAAGUUCUGGCGAAUCAUCAAGUCAGCUGAAUUCUCAGCCAUCACCAAAGAGAAAUUUAUCAAAUUUAUCAAGCAUCUCGAGUGCAUCAAAUACCUCGUCUAUUUGUAGUACAGGGUUUGUGCCUCGUACUCAUACACCUGUCAUCUUGAAUAAUGAACAAGUCAAUGUUGCAGAAGAUGUUACCGUGGCAACAGAAGAAACUGGUAGUGCCUCAGAGUUGUUUCAGAGUAGUCGUGGAGAGAAACGAAAACAUUCAGAUGAUUCUCAAGAGGAGAAUGACAAAGAUGUAAUUGUAAUUGAUGACAAUAGUGAAGAAUUCUCAGCUAGUGAGUCUGAGAGUUAUAUUGUUGAUACUGAUGAGGAGAUUGAAGAGGACAGCAACGAAGAAGAUCAACCCGACGUGAAUCAUCGGACUAGUCCUAUUGUUAUAGAUGAUUAGUAUACUUAAUAGAUUAUAUAUUGUUGAAUUAUUAUAGCUUUCAGAAUCCAAUACAAGUUGGACCGUCCUGUACAAUAUGACCAAAUUCAUUUUAGACUGAUUACAAUUUUGGCAAUUUAGAUUAUUGUAUUCUUCCCAAUGUUAAAUAAGAGUUGUUUAAAAAUUUUGAAUAAAACUUUUUAUCAUAUACUGGUAAGAUACUGGAGUAUAUAAAAUAAGAAGUUGUAUUCGUAAUUUUUAUAUAACUUCUUAUCAUAUAAAAAAUAGAAAGAGUUGGCAAAUUCUUAGUGAAUUUGAGUUAAAACACUUUGUUCAAGUUUGAAUCACUUUGACCUAAGUUUUUUUAGUGAAUUUGGUCUAUAUUCGUGACAGAAUGAGUAUUUACUGUACAUGUACAUUGUACUAUAUUAGUAUAGUAUUCUUACUUCGUUUUGACUAGGUAUCAGAGGAAUAAUAAUUUAUCAGUCUUCAUGAAAACUUUUACAGCAACAGGCCUUACACUUAUUUCAAACAAUAAAAAUUGUACAAAUUCCUGUGGUCUGUAGGUGCAAUACUUACAGACCAAUAUAGAUUUUACAAACCUGGCCUGUCAUGUCUGUGGCCAUGCUUGAAUAUGAUGAUACCAAGGUAUGUAUGUGAUUCUGACAAAAGAUAUGUUAGAUUCCUGUUUUAAAUUUGAUGAGGCCAAAUAAGAUAAUAUGUGUGUUUCCUAUUACAUCUUUGAAAAAAGUAAGGUCGGUAGGUAGGGAAUUCUUUUUAUUUUACAAUUUAUUUUUACAUUGAGUCAAUUGGAGAGAGAUUCUGACUUUAACAGUGCUUAUUGAAAAAUGACCCCAAAAAACCUAAUGUAUCAGGUAGGUAGGGAAAUAGGAAACACACCUAUUAUUUUAUUUUGCCUGACUAGGAAUUACGUUGUUAUGUAUGUGUAUAUGAUUCUGUAGGUUAUAUGGUUGUUGUUUGUCUUUCAUUCUUGGUGCAACUGUGUAUAUAUAUAUAUAUAUAAUCAAACAUUCCAUGACCAUUUUUCAUAAUAACAUGAAUAAGGCCAAGUAGAUUUUACACCCUUUUCUUUCUUUCAAUUUACAUUACUUACUUACUUAAUCCUUGUUGUUCAUUCUUGCACAAGAGGUCAUCAGCGAUAAUUUUACAUUGAAGAAUUAUAAACAUUAAAAAUUCAUAUUUCCUUUGAGAUUUACCACUUUCAUUAUCAAUAACUUUGAUAUUGCCCAGAUCUCACAUUAUAUCUUUUGUGCAGCCAUUAUAUAGGUUAUACAUUGGAAUAUAUUCUGAAAAAUACAAUAAUUUUUUUUAGUAAAUAUACAAUUGACUCUAUUGAUGUCAAAUACAAAAUUUAAUGUAUAAUACUUCCAAUAUAGACACUCAAAUUUAAAACUAUAAGAACACGAAUUACCAGCUUAUAACCCCCAGAAAUAUAAAUAACAUGAAAAUAUUUUGGAAGCAUUCUAUUUGAUUACAGAUGUUUAAGAAAUUUCUAGAAAGGUUUGUUUUGGAAUUAUUGAUACAGUCAUUUUAUUUUGACAUCAUUAGAGUUGUAUGUAUAUUCAAAAGAUCAGUUUUCUUCUAACAGCCUCAUUUAAUGCAUCAUUUAAAAAAAAAUCAUUUUCAGCUUACAUGUAUGUGUGGUUACAAAAAUGAAGAAUUUACCAAAAGUAAAUUCAUCCAACAUAUCUGCUUUUAUUUAGCAUUAAUGCUUAAAAAAAUUGUACUAAAGAAAAAAGAUGUACAUUUGAACAAAAACAACUCAUUUACAUUUGUAUUUUACCGUUAUAGUCAACACGGCAAAGGAAAAUAUUAGUAGCAUCUUUCUAAAAUCAUUCUUUGUUCCUUUCUUUAUGAUGAAAGAUAAUUUUAUAUUUUUAAUGUAUGAUGAUCAUGAAAUAGACCCUUCAACAACACAUAUUUUGUAAAAAAAAAAAUCUUUUUAUUCUUGGAUUUCUGUUGAAGAAAAUUAAAAUGUUCAUCAUUAGUGUAGGUAAAGUAAAUUGAUGAAUACUGUUAAGUUUAUAUGUUACUUUUUAAAUUUUGAUCUUAAAGAUUUUGAAUAUAGAAUAAAUCAUGAUCAGCAAAGCUGGUGAGACAUUUCAAUGUGUCCACACUUGUUAUUGUAAACAUCUUGCUUUUUUACUAUUUUUGCAAAUAUUUUGUAUAUUCAUCACUUCUGUGAAAUUUUUAUUUGUCAUGUAUAUAGCAUGUGAAAAUCUGACUAGAUUUUUUCUUCAUUAAUGACCUCUUUUGAAUUUAGCCUUGCAUGUAUCUAGUACAAAUUAUUGUAUUUAAAAAUACAUAUAUGUUAUAAGCAUCAUGUCAUUAAGGACUUUACUUUAUCUGGUAUGAACCAUAGUAUUCUCUGUAUUUCUAAGAUAGAGUCUGAGAUAUUUAAAUUAUUUCUUUGUUGUUUCUGCAUUCUACUUUUGUUAAGUCUUAUGAUAAAAGUGUAUUAAAUUUAUUUUUACACCACAGUUAAAGAUUUUGUAUAUAGAAUAUGUUUGUAAAAAAAUGAAAUUUUAUUUGAAAACAUACUAUUUUAAGUAUUUUAAUAUUUGUAUAUAAAGUGCACAUUUGUUAUUUAUAUAGAAAUCUAUUGUACCUUCCAUUUUUCAAACUUCUUGUAGAUUUGGCCAUUUAUUAACUAAAUAAAUUAGAUGAUUAAGAAAGCACUCCAAUUUCAGGUAAAAUGCAACAACAUUUUAGCAUACAUUAUUUUUUUCUGAUAUUCCAUCUCGCACAAGUUAUGGGGUUAUAUGGAAAUGAUAUCAGUUGGUUCGUCCAACACACAUCAAUGGUUAUAGACUGACAUGCUGAAUUGUCAGUUUGAUUUAACAACUUUAAAAGGAAGUUGAAGAUUUUUUGAGUGGUCUGUAAAAAGCUUUUUAUCAAAAUAAUCAUUCAUUUUAAAUGAUUUGUUUACGUUAAAUUAUGUAAAACUCACAUCAAAUUUUGUAACAUGUAAACUCAUAUCAAAUUUUGUUCCAUGUAAACUCAUUUGGAACAGUUUCGGUGGUAAAAUUAUCCUUAUGCUCUUAAACUUCUAUGUUAUGAUUUCAUUUUCUGUUCGGUAGCCUUUUUAACAAAUAAAAACAAAAUCAGUUAUAUACCUAUAACCUCGAGUAGUUUGAAUUUUGGAAGGUUUAAUUAGGUUUCUAUUUUAUAUUGUGCCUGGUCACACUAAAUUUUAUCUCUUCACCUUUAUAUAUUUGAAAUUUUAUAUUGAAUUGUAAAUACAAAUUUUACAUUUUUUAAUUUAAAGAUAUUAUCAGGUGUAGUCAAUGUGAUAUGUCUAUAGGUGUUGUUUUUGUAAGGAACUGAGUACUUCAGGAAAGUAAUGUCCUAUAAUAUCCUUACAGGGCAAGGUUUAUUUUAAAAAUAGACUAAAGUAAUCACUGUAUUACUAGGUAGUCAUUAAUUUACUAAAGUAAUCAUUGUAUUACAAUAGUAAUCAUUUUAUUACAGAAGUAAUUAUUUUAUUACUAUAGUAAUCAUUUUAUUACUUUAGUAAUCAUUUCAUUACUUGUAAUUAUUUUAUUACUAAAGUAGUAAUUUCAUUACUAAAGUAAUUAUUUUGUUACUAGAGUAAUUAUUUUAUUACUAAAGUUAUCAUUGUAUGAAACUGAAGUUCUGCCCAAGCAUGACAUUAAAUAAAACUUCUACAUUUCCAAGUCUAUUGGAAUACUUAGAGAGUUGCUAAGCAAUACAUUUAUUCUUGUAGAUCAAAUGAAAUUUUUAAAUUGUAUACAAACUUCAACUUUAGAUAUUAGAAGUAGUUAAACAUUUUCAUUUAUAUUGAUAUAUGAAUGUUUUGGAUUGUUUUUUAUAUUGGUACAUGUAUUAAGGUAUUUUGGUGCUCUCUUUUGAAAUUGACAGUUUAAUAGAAUUACUAACACUUCCUCUUUGGAGGAAAAAUAUGUAAAUCUAGUUUCUGUCAUGAGAACAUCAAUUAAGCGUUGUUAUGUCUUCAAUUAUGAUAUUUGCUACUGAGGAUUUAUUUAUUUUCAUGGGUACCAAUUUUCGUGGAUUGAGGAAACUUGCAUGCUUGUAGAUAUUUGAUUUCAUGGUUUUGCCAAAAUCUGCAUUUUACCAGAUAGAAAAUUUGUCAUUCUUUGAAUACUUUAUUUGGUGGUUCACCUGUACCUUUGAACAAGAAAAAUUAGUAUCCAACAAAAUAAUGAAUCCACAGUAUUUAAAUAGAACAAAAGGUAAGGGAAUAUUUAUUUCUGACUAGGUAGGCCAUUAAAAAUUUUCAAAAGUGACAGUCACAUUUCAGUAGUUUAUACAUACAUACAUAAACAAAUUGCAGCUCAGUCUUCAUCUCAGGCCAGUUUAUUCAAGAUUUUUCCAACUUCAUUUAUUUGAAACUUAUGAAAGUUGUUUUUUAUAUAAAAUAUUUGUAUUUAUAAAUCAGAUCAGUAAAAAAAAUGAUUUGUAUAAUUCUGAUGUAUAAAGUAUCAAAUGUAUAUAAUAUUUUUAUCAAUAAAUCAGAAAGUAGGUCAAUUUAUUUUAAAAGAUUAAUUUAUAGUUUCUUUGCUUUGUAGAGUGUAAACAAGUCAUCAAGUAAAAUAAAUUUGUGGGUCACAAGAUUAACACUGUGAUACAAACUUCACCGAUUUUUUAUGCUUUAAUUACCACUCAUAUGCUUUUCACUGAAUUAUCUAACAAAAGAUAAUUAGGUUGAAUUUCUCAAUUUAUAUAAAAAAAACUUGCACAGAAAAUAGUUCCUUUUUCUUCUGCUCUCGGUUG